GAGUCCAAUGAAAGAAACUUCCCAAGACUGAGGAGGAACAUCACAAAAAAGUAAAGCGCGCUGCUUCAGCAUCAACUUUUGGGACUUACGUCGCUUAUAAAGGAAUACACUUCUUUAAGCUAACAUAACAUUUAUCAGCAAAUCAUUGUUUUCUAUAUUACCACGAACAGCGGAUUGGUUUGGUAGGCAGCCGGACACUUUUGAUGGACAAAAGUGGUCACUUUGUCGGGGAAGGACCUCUGGUUAACUGGUUUAUUUUAGCUUUAUAAUGAAGCAAAGUCAGUUAAUUCUGUUAUUUAUUCAUUCGGCGACCAUGAGUUAGUGUUUUGGCCGGUGAAUGGUUGAUUUUAUGUAGUUUUUUGGUGAAUACGCAUAAACUGAAGUUCUCUUGGACUUUCAUGAAUAGAUCAUUUGGUCAGUAAGUGUGCUGAAUUUGUAAAGGAUGGCCGGCGUGGUGCGCACCCUCAGCCGGUGUCUGCUGCCCGCUGAAGCCGCGCAUGAUGACAGGAGUAACGGGAAAGAACGAGCCCGCGAGCGCGACCUCAACCAGGAGCGCGAGGCGAAGCGGCGCAGUCGAGAGAUCGAUGCGAUGCUCGCGCGAGAGAGGCGCGCGGUGCGGCGUCUUGUGAAGAUUCUACUGCUGGGCGCCGGAGAGAGCGGCAAAUCCACUUUUCUCAAACAGAUGAGAAUCAUCCACGGCAAAGAGUUUGACCAGAAAGCGCUGCUCGACUUCAGGGAUACGAUCUUUGAGAAUAUCAUCAAGGGGAUGCGGGUACUCGUGGAUGCCCGAGACAAGCUUGGUGUCCGCUGGCACAACUCAGAGAACGAGAAGCAUGGCAUGUUUGUCAUGUCCUUUGAGAACAAAGCAGGCAUGCCCGUCGAACCCUGCACCUUUCAGCUGUAUGUACCGGCCCUGCAGGCACUGUGGAGCGAUAGUGGGAUCCAGGAAGCCUAUGGGCGACGGAGCGAGUUUCAGCUGAGUGAAUCAGUUAAGUAUUUCCUGGAUAACUUGGAUCGGAUCGGACAACUGAGCUAUGUACCAAGCCGACAGGACAUCCUACUGGCCAGGAAGGCCACUAAGGGAAUUGUGGAGCAUGAUUUUGUCAUUAAAAAGAUCCCCUUUAAGAUGGUAGACGUGGGUGGACAGCGCUCUCAGAGACAGAAAUGGUUUCAGUGCUUUGACGGCAUCACCUCCAUCCUCUUUAUGGUGUCCUCGAGCGAGUUCGACCAGGUCCUGAUGGAAGACCGCCGCACCAACCGCCUGGUGGAGUCCAUGAACAUCUUUGAGACCAUAGUCAACAACAAGCUCUUUUCCAACGUCUCCAUCAUCCUCUUCCUCAACAAGAUGGACCUUCUGAUAGAGAAGGUACGCAAGGUCAGCAUUUGCAAGCACUUUUCCGACUUCCGGGGAGACCCUCACCGGGUGGAGGAUGUUCAGGCUUAUCUGGUGCAGUGCUUCAACCGCAAACGCCGCAACCGCAGCAAGCCUCUUUUUCACCACUUUACCACUGCCAUCGACACUGAAAACAUUCGCUUUGUGUUUCACGCUGUGAAGGACACAAUUCUUCAGGAGAACCUUAAAGACAUUAUGCUGCAGUGAGGGUCUGUCUCACAUUUUUACUGUUGUUUAUACCAUUUUUCAACCUAUUUGCAACCUAUUUCCUGUAGUGGGAGAGGAAACACCUACUGGACUUCAUUUUAAAUCAUCUUUGCUUGACGAAUAUACUCCGUUGUGUGAAAAGGAGAAGUAGUUUUAUGAACGACAUGGCAUUUAGACAUUUUUAAGUCAUACCGAAGGUUUAAAAGAGACCUCAGGGCAGGAUGUGAGUGUAUUACAGUUGAGAGUUUGAUCCGUUUUUGAUCAGUAUUCUCAACUCUUUGUCUCAUGGAUAAACUCAACCAAUGCACAGUAACUUUACACUGGCUUAUCACCCAAAUAACAUCCUAAAAAUAAACAGCAAACUUACACUUGAGCAUCCUGUCUGUAGUUUAAAUUCACAUCACUUCCUUGUGUGGACAGGUUAUUUUUAAACAGUCUAGCGUUUCAAUCACAUGUUGCGGCAUACACAGUUUUGCAGAAUUCUCAUUACCAAUAAGCAGGGUUUUUUGUACAUAGUGAUAAGUGCCUUCUUUACGUAAUUGUCCACUGUUUUGAACUGUACAUGUGUCUCUUCAAGUUAAGCUACAAGCUUUGAAAUAUAUAAAGUAGGGUCAAAUCACUGGUUAUGCCUAACACCACUAACUUUAGAUGUAUAAAGCAGUAAUGGUGUUCAUUAAAUGUCAUUAUUGCAUAUCUGUUCUUUGUUUUUGAGUGUUCAGAUGAUGUAAAGAUUCUGACAAUCUAUAACAAGGCUUUUGUAAUGUAUAUAAACUGUGUGCCGUCUAACCUUUAAACAGAGAUUAUGGAACUGAUCUGUUAUAUUAUCAGUGGAUAUGAAGAUCUUAGUUUCUACUUAAUUUCAGCUGGUCACCGGAUCUUUAUGAAUGACAGCUGUGGGAUUUUGGUCUUAGCUGAUGUUUCUGCACAAGGUCACAGGUUGAAAUCCUGGACGAGCCCCCACUUUGUUGCGCCACUACUCCAUGAAUGAGGCAUGAAAUGACUUCCCAGUAACGUCUGCCAAUGCUGAUGAAUGUUCCUUGUGGGUGAUGGCACAAAAACCAUCACAGAUGGUAUAAAUUUAAGUGCGUGUGUAAAACUUGUAGGAAGGUUUGAGAUACGUCCUCAUAUUUGGGUCAGGAGGUGGUUGCGCUACGUUUUCUCGAGUACAUGCUCCUUUAUGUUUACUGUAAUGAACACUGUUAGCUCUUUAAUUUUAUUGCAAUGUUUUUCUAUGCCCUAAAGAUAUUUCUGGUUUUCCUCAUAAUCAUGCUCCAUGUUGGCAGGAAAGACAUCUGACACACCCUAAACCAUUGUCCCUAAAAGAUCUUCCCCCUUUGCUCGCAUUUACUGGAAGAUCUCUGGCGCUCGUGCAGAUAAAGCACCAGAUGAUUUCUUUAUUUCAAGCUUGAUUGUUUUCUUCUCCUUUUGGAUCAUUUGGAAGUUAAAUAAAGGAUAAUAAUACAAGCCCAGUGCUCAAAUAUUAAGGCUAUUAAGCAAUAAAGAUAUACACGUUGUGAGUGUAAUUAUGAUGAAUAUGGUAAGCAAAAAAUACAGAAUAAUAAUGUGAAAAACAAUUAGUAGUCUCAUUAUUUACUUAAAGUAUAAAUGUCACAAUUGCUGUUCUGGAAUUUGUUUCUGUUCUAGACGGAGGCGAGACGAUAAGCAACAAGUGAUGAGAGUCACUUUCUUCCAUCUUAAUCUAUGUUUGUCCUCUAACCAGCAGCAAUCGCGACAAGCAACAGGAUGUUUUGUUGAUAACUUGGUUUCUGUUUUUUUUUUUGCUGUGUCGCACUGUGUAGCCCCGCCUACUGUGUUAUCUAAUUGGUACAAAAACACACAGCUUAAAUUAUAUCAUGUCAUGUAAAAUUUUGUUUUAAAUUUUGUUUCCCAACCUUCUUUGCUCACACAGAAACCUGGUUAGGACACAUUAUUAGGAUCUCAUGACUGUCACUGUUAUAUAGGAUGUCUGUUUGCAGUAUUUUAUACUGUAGGUUUUUCGUGGUUUUCUUCCCUAAUGUUUUACAUAUCCAUUGAUUGUAAAAAGUGUGAAUUUCCAGAUUAACUGCAUUAUGUGUGUUUUGUAUAUAAGAACUGUAUAAAUACAAUAAAAAUGUUAAUGUUGAGCUAUAA